AUGAAAAAUUGCAAAUUGUGUGGAUAUACUUCUCAUUAGCGCAUUUUGGAGAAACUCUAAACUAAGUAUUUUCAAGCCUUUAAUUUCUAUUUUGCUAAACCAAUCAAUGAAAUUCUAUCUUAAAUUGCUAACACUCCUCAUGUAAUCUAUUAUAAGGAUUAUGUGAUAUUAGAUGAAUAAUAAGAAUACAUGAAAAGGUAGUACAACUUCCUAAACAUGUAGAUAUUACAAAAAAGACGAAGUCUAACCAAGACUUGAUAUUUUAACAGAUUUUUACGAGACAAAUUACAAAGAUGCUCAUCCUUACUUACUAAUUGUUGAAAGUCAUGGUUUGAUGAGUAAAAGAAAUAAGAAAAUUGAUAAGCUUUAUUAUUAGAGAAUGUAAGAAAAUGAAAAUUCGAUUAAAUCUCAGAAAUCAGUUGUUAUAAAUAAUGUUCUCAAUUCAAAACUAUCAUCAAAAUCUCAAAUCAGUUUUGAAACAGAAGAACAUGAUAUAUAUUGUUCUUAAGAUUAACCCUCUAAAUAAAAUCGUAUAGAUUUCAAAGGAAUCAAUUUGAUUGGUGAUGUUGAAGAAAAUAAUUUAUUUCUUGAAAUUUUAGAUAAGUAAUACUAAAGUGUUAAUAAAAUGACAAAUCAUAAUAAAUUACUGCCUCCAAAAUUUUAUUUGAAAUCUCCUGUUUAAAGUCAAUAAAAUAUAUAAACAAAUCUCAUAAAAGAUCUUCAUGCAAUAUAAAGUGUGAAAAGAAGAACGAAUAAUGUGGAUAUCCGAGAAAAGAAAGGUAUUAAUUUAUAAUUAUAUUUUAAUAGCUAUAUUUGCUAAUUCUAAGAGUGAAUCAAAACAUUCUUAAUCAAGUUUCAAGAUGUCUAAAAUAAAAGACUCUGUUGAUUAAUAAGUUGAUUAGUUGUGUGAAUAUGUUUCUGAAUAAAUAGAACCCUUUGAUUUGGAAGGUAAAAAUAAGAUGUCUCGAAUAUAGAGUGAUAAUUUUACUAUUUAAAAGAUGCUUAAGGAAUAUUAAGGCAAUUAGAGUCGAUAAUUAAGAUCAACAAUUUCAUAAGAUUUAUUAGUUGCAAGUACAUCUACUCUUAUAUAGGGAUUUCAAGGUUCUCAAAAAAGCAUUAAAUAAUAAUAAUAAGAUCAAAAUAACAAUAAUGGUAGUAUAUAAAAUAUAUCAUAAAGACAAGAAUAACUUAAGAAAGUAUAUUAACCACUUAAUAUCUAAUAAAAGAAAUUUAAUUAAAAUUAAUUGGAUAGAAUUUCUAAAGGAGGAUGUUUGACUGAUAGAAAUACUAAAUAAUUACCGAUUUCUGAAGAUUUAUUUAAAAAGUUGCAUGAUAUUAAAAUUAAAAGCUCCUAAAAUGCAGAAUACUAAAAAAAGCCUGAAUUUAAUUAUAUGAUACCUUCUUAAUAUAAUGCUAUGACAACAUUCAAAAUUGCCAAUAAUAACAAAGCUAAAUCAUAGUACACAAAGAAAACUGCAGGAUUUGAUUUUGCUACUAAAUCAUAACAUUAGUAAUAGACUAAUCAUAGUUAAUCUAAAAUGCUUAAUAUUAAUACACAUAAAACAGAUGAUAUUGUCAAAAAGUACAUUUAAUUGGCGACAUAAUCUAUUUAAAAUCAUAAAAAAUUUGAUUUCAAAUUGAAUUUGUUAAAUUUAAAUAAUAAUGAGUCUAAUUUAGAUGAAGAAUUCUGUAUUAUAAUACAUUAUAUAUUAAAUAGAAAAUAAAAGACUUAAUUUUCUUACUGAAAGACACAGUUAAUAAUAAUAAGACAAAGAUUAAUUUAUUGCUCAUAGAAAAAUUGUUAAUAAAUGA